AUGUCAGAACCAGAGGAGAGAAGGAGGUUUUCAGUCUGGUUGGCUGACCCUCCGGGGCGGGGCUCCUGGCUGGAGAGUUGCUGCCAUUCCACCAUGUCGCAGGGCUCGCAGUCCAGUGACCUCCUCAACCAGGACUGGUUUAAUCAACUCUUCGAUUUAGCGGCACAGCCAGUGUUAAAUGUGCAGCCGAUUAGCCUAUCGUUCAGCGAUGAGCUGCGCGAGGGUUUCCCAGGCACCAGGAUCGAGAUCAGUAUGGAUGGGGUCCGCAUGCAGGACUCGGAGCCCCCCGACCCCCUGUGGCCGCAGUACACCACACUCGGGCUCCUGAACAGCAUAGACCAGCAGAUGCCGAAUGGCUCUUCAUCGACCAGCCCUUACAACGAGCACACUUCCAACAAUGUGACAGCACCUUCACCAUACGCACAACCCAGCUCAACCUUUGACACUCUGUCUCCUUCACCUGCCAUCCCGUCAAACACAGACUACCCUGGGCCACAUGGCUUUGAUGUGUCCUUCCAGCAAUCCAGCACUGCCAAGUCAGCUACGUGGACAGUAAGUAAACUCAUGACUGCUCAGCGAGAGCUGUCACUGUGA